UUUGUUGGGAACUUAGACGAUCGUUCAAAGAGCAUUUCCUGAAAAGCCUUUGAAACGAGAAAAAGAAGAGUGUAAUUAGUGAAAAGUGGGUAGUUCUGCAUAAUUGGAUGGUACAAUGGAUAAGGAUAACGUAAACAAAAUCCGUUUGGCGGUGUCUAGCCUGCAGGAACCAUCGUUGGGAGACUCGGAAAAAUUGAAGAAGUUUAACGUUAUAAGGGAGUGUUUAUAUUCUUGCAAACUGCAAGGGAGUGUCGAUGAUAAAAUACUGACACGGCAAGUCUUUACUUUGUGUAAUUCCGAGCUGGAUACCUCCAAUUCUGAGCUGCUAGUAAGCGUCUUUACCCUAUUGGAGCUGCUCUUUAAUUGUAAUUCUGAGAACUAUGUCGGCAAAGUUGUCCCACAUUCGUACCUGGCAGUAGCUUUUGAGUCCAAUCACAAAUAUUCCGGCACAGUAAAAGAGUGCGCGUUAAGUUGCAUUCAGACGUGUCUUCAUAGGUUAGUAGUCACGAAUUGCUACGACUUGACACAAUUAGAUAGCAGCGUAAACGACAUGGAAGUCGGUAGUAAGAUGUUCGAUCUUCUGCUAUGUGUAAUGACUGAUGUACCAGCCAACAAUUGUUUGCAGUUUUUCUACGAUACUCUCAUGUCUACCAUGUUUGAGACUGAGAACGUGCAACUACGCUCUAAGUUAAUAGAUUUCGCAAUGGAACUAUUGCCUCGUUUUUCUAUUCAGUUGCUCACUAGUUGUCAGCUGGAAGAGUUUAAGAACAAAGUGAAAAAUUGUUACAUUAAAAGGAUAGGCGUUAUAAGAAACCAAAACGAUCCCAGUUGGUCCAAACUUGUUAAGUUUCUUUUGAAGUGUUUUGGAAAAGUGAUACAUUCCUGUGUGGAUCUGAUGAAUAAUAUACUUAAAAUUGUUGAGGGUGCAUUUCGCAGUCAUAAUUUAGAUGAUCGAUAUUAUGCCUAUGAGUGCUGGAAGGAAUUAAUCGACAACUACAGCCUGGACAUGGAUCGUCUACGCGCUCCCAAGCAGAUGAACUUGCUAAUUACCCCUUUGAAGUCAAAUGUGUCCACUUCAAAUCCUCGAAUAUCGCAUAAACGCCUCGAAAUUUGGGCGCAUCUACUUGGCACAUUACAACAAGGUGCGCUUCCGUAUUUAAAAACGUUCUUUUCUGCUUGUUACUCUGAGGACAAAAAGUCGUGCAGCGAAAAAUCACAGCAAGAGCCAAAAUUUCAUGAAGACGCAACGCUUGUGCUUUUAGAAGUUAUUGGUCACUAUGGUCACACUGAGGAAAGCGGAUGCUAUAAUUAUGAGAAGAUUCUUAAGCUAAACGAGCCAUUGGUUAAAGCUGAAAACUUUAAGGAAUUUGAAAGUUUGAUAUUAUCUGCUCUGCGCCAGUGCUCUCCCGUGAACUCACAAUGGAUGCCUACUUCUGACCUAUUUCAGGUCCAAAAAUGUAUGUGGGGCUCUUUCUUUAAUUUACUUCGGGGUUGCGAGGCAGCACAACAAAAGCAAACGAUACAGAUUAUAGUUGCAGAUUUGAUAUUCCACAUUAAGCUUAUCCAUGCGACCAACAAGUAUUUACUUUACGCCGUAAAACCAAUCUUGGAAGUGCUAGCCGAGGGAAAAUUUUUUGAUGUUAACUUUUUUAACGAUUUAAUCUUCUUGCCACUAUUCAAGUUGCUCUUGAAGUACAGUGAAGAACUAUUUUUACUUGAUCGACCGCUUAUCACUGAUCUGUGUAAUUAUAGUAAAGAUGGUAAGCCGCAAGAUGUGUGGUUUAUGGAAAUGUACAAAAUACUAACGAAAGGCGAAGCUACCAGUGUGUUUCUCAAUUCUUUAAUAUUAUGGUUGGAAUGCGUAGACAACGUACUUUCUUUGUGCCAUAACGGUGGGGAGAAAAAUAGCAAGAUGCUACAAAAUAAAAUUGUAGAGUUUAUGAUGUGGCCUAUUGCAGAUCUUCAAGAGAUUCGUUAUUAUAGUCAUCAACCUAACAUUUAUAAUGUAAGUAUACUGGUAAUUAAAUCGUUACAUUGUUCUUUAUUAUUGCAACGCAAUCGGCGAACUAUAACUACAGAUUUACAUUCGCUCUUGGACAAUCCGUCUCCAAACAAUAUAACCGUAUAUGGAAUAAAGAUAGAAACUGGCUCUAAAGAACCAGCUUACGAUGAAAAUGGAGUACCUGAAUUACUAGUCAAAGCUUCGUAUACUCUACGACUUUUUGGAAAUAAUUUUAAUAAAAAUAUGUUAAUUUCCCUUACGGAAAAUAAGGGAGACGCGGGAAGCACAUGUCUUAUGUCGAUGGAUAUGAUUCAUACGGUGGAACCUGAGCUUAUCAAUGGUGCAGAAAGUUCAACUACAAGUACAGUCUCUGUAACCAUCCCAUUUGUUCCAUUAUCGGGAGUAUUUUAUUUGUGCGUUUCGAAAGGCAAGUCACCUAAUGAAACAUACCCAUUCAUUCAUCAGGGAGACCAACCAUGGCUUAAAGUGAAGCCGGUCGAGCAGAUGAUACCAACAUGGGCUGCAAUAUUAAUAAUAUGUAUCUGUCUGUCAUUUUCGGCACUGUUUUCUGGGCUAAACUUAGGUUUAAUGUCAUUAGAUCGGACUGAAUUAAAAAUAUUGUGUAACACUGGAACGCCACAUGAACGUGCGUAUGCUAAAGCCAUUCAACCGGUUAGAAAUCAUGGAAAUUUCUUGUUGUGCAGUAUUCUGUUAGGAAACGUGUUUGUGAAUUCCAUUUUUACUAUCCUAUUGGAUAGUUUAACAUCGGGAGUUGUAGCUGUGAUAUGUUCCACUUUAGCAAUCGUCGUAUUUGGUGAAAUAACUCCUCAAGCAAUUUGUUCAAGACAUGGCCUUGCUGUUGGGGCCAAAACAAUUUUGAUUACAAAGUUCAUCAUGGCCAUUACAGCGCCGCUCUCUUAUCCCAUAUCUAAGCUCUUGGAUUAUAUUCUAGGUGAAGAAAUCGGAAAUGUGUAUAACAGAGAACGCUUAAAGGAGUUGCUGAAGGUAACAACAGGCGAAAAUGAUUUAGAUAGAGAUGAAGUCAAUAUAAUUAGUGGGGCUUUGGAGCUUCGGAAAAAAACUGUGGCCGAGGUAAUGACUCGUAUUGAAGAUGUUUUUAUGUUGGACCACGAUGCAGUAUUGAACUUUGAAACUGUUUCCGAAAUUAUGAAAUCAGGUUACUCGAGGAUUCCUGUAUAUGAAGGAAAUAGAGGCAACAUUGUUACAAUGUUGUAUAUAAAGGACUUGGCCUUUGUCGAUCCUGAUGAUAACACACCUCUACGGACUUUAUGUCAGUUUUACCAGAAUCCUUGUAACUUCAUUUUCGAGGAUGUUACUUUAGACACCAUGUUCAAAACAUUCAAAGAAGGUAAUAAAGGUCAUAUGGCAUUUGUUCAGCGUGUGAAUAGUGAAGGAGAAUUAGAUCCUUUCUACGAAACAAUUGGGUUAAUUACAUUAGAAGAUGUUAUUGAGGAACUAAUUCAAGCCGAAAUUAUGGAUGAAACCGAUGUAUUCACUGAUAAUCGUUCAAAAAGGAGAAGAAACGCGAAUAGAACUAAGCAAGAUUUUACCGUGUUUGCGGAACGGCGUGCUGAUAACAAGGUGCGAAUAAGUCCACAGUUAACAUUGGCAACGUUCCAAUAUCUUAGUACAAGUGUGAAAUUAUUUAAGGAAGAUGUAAUAUCGGAAACGAUAUUACGUAGGUUAUUAAAGCAAGAAAUAAUGUUUCACAUAAAGAAAACUAAGGAUUGGCGCAAUGAUCCGACAAUGCUAAUCUAUCAGCAAGGGAAAGCAUGUGAUUAUUUUGUACUUAUCCUUGAAGGAAGGGUUGAAGUGACUGUCGGUCGUGAUAAUAUGGUUUUUGAAAGUGGGCCAUUUACUUAUUUUGGGGUGCAAGCACUUGUUCAAAAUAUUGCUGUUGCUGACUCACCAUCGGCACCUUCAACUUUAGGAAGUUUACAGUCACUAAAUAUGGAUGCCAUGUUACGACACACAUUUUUACCAGAUUACACUGUGAGAGCAUCCACAGAUGUUUUGUAUAUGCGCAUAAAGCGUAGUUUAUACUUGGCCGCAAAACGAGCCACAUUAAUGGAACGUUCACAGAAGGAUACAAUACCAACGGGUCCCAGUGAUCAAUUUGAUGAUGAAGUGGAGAAGUAUGUGGAUACACUUGCAGGGAAUUAUAAUUUAUCAGGCACUCCUCUUCCUGUUACAAAUCCUUGGUUAAUUUCCUAUCCCACUGCUAGAGUUCGUAACAAUUCUGGACCACCUGCAUGUAACUAACUUUGAGAAUAUUGGUUAUGGGAAAUAUAUUUUAUUUGAAAGCCGAUGGGAAAAUAAGUACAAGAGUGUUAUGUGGAUAUUCAAUUUUUAGGUGUUUCAUAAAACUUUAAGGGCAGCUUAAUAAAAAUACAUAUACACACUGUUCAUUUCCUAACAUCCCCACACACAUUUUGCAUUACAGGUGAAUCUUUGACUGAUUUGUCCGGGUGAAGGAAGAUAGAUUACAACCGUAUAACUUGCGGAAUUUGGCCAUGUAGAAAAUUGCGCUUAAUUUUUGGAAAAGAGGAUGCAUGCAGAAGUUUUAAUUUCAUGGAGUAUAAGUGCAGAAAGUAGUGCGGUUCAUUCAGAGCACAGCAUGUUGCCAUUGUGUUCCAAUGUGAACAAUAUUUACAGACGAGUUGUAUUAAUCAACAACGAUAAAAAUGUGAAAAACAGUUACAGGCUACCCGCUAGACGAAUGCGCAUUGAGCGGCAAAUGCAAAUAUACCCAAUGGCGGCAAUACUGGUAGAAAUUUUAGCCAAUGGUGGCUGACAAACAUGUAUAUGAGUCGUAGUUGCUAGGAGACGGUUGCGCGCUAGAGCUUUAGCUUAACGUGGGUCGCCUGUAAACAAGUUUAAAAACAAAAGAACAUUAGAAAAAUGAGUUUGAUUAUAUUGUAAAAAUGAUAGCAUGCCACUUCAUUAGGUGCUGUUGCAUGUAUCACACAGCUAUAAUUGCUGCAGUAGUUCUAGUUUCUGUAGCAAUUAUUACCACCCAUUAAUGGCGGUGUUCCAUUCCUAAAUGUAUCAUUACAAGCAAAAACUCUAGAUUGAGCACCAAAAUUUUGAUGCAAGUGAUAUCAGUUUUAAGUUUUAUUUUUAAUUCCUAAAGUUGAUCAGUUAGAAUGUGACAUUGAAAUAUUAUGUGAGAGAAAGUUUU